AUGGCAUUAUUUUGUAGUCUUCAAUGUUUAACUCACCAUUUUGAUUCUGAACUGGUGGACCCCAGAGCAGAGAGGCAGGAGAUCCAACUGGGUCAGAAGCUGGACCCUUGGAGGUAUUUUAAGGACUAUUUUCCAAUUCACCUCAUCAAAACUUGGGAUUUGGAUCCAAGUCACAACUAUAUAUUUGGGUUUCACCCCCACGGAGUGCUUGUUGCUGGAGCCUUUGGAAAUUUUUGUACGAAUCAUUCAGACUUCGAGGAGCUGUUUCCUGGCUUCACUGCGUAUCUUCAUGGCAUAGAAAUCCAUAGUGCAGAUCCUGAUUUCACUGUCUGGAUCAAAAAGUGCCAAGAGGCUCAGAAUGGAUCACAGUCUGAGGUGUCUGAUUCUCAAAGGACUCAUCAGUCAAAAAUCAAGUAUGACUGGUAUCAAACAGAAUCUCAAGUAAUCAUUACACUUAUGAUCGAGAAUGUUCAGAAGAAUAAUGUAAAUGUGGAAUUUUCAGAAAAAGAAUUGUCUGCUUUGGUGAAACUUCCUUCUGGAGAGGAUUACAAUUUGAAACUGAGACUUCUUCAUCCUAUAAUACCAGAACAGAGCACAUUUAAAGUACUUUCGACAAAGAUUGAAAUUAAAAUGAAAAAGACAGAGGCUGUGAGAUGGGAAAAGCUAGAGGGGCAAGGAGAUGUGCCUAAACCAAAACAGUUCAUAGCAGAUGUAAAGAACUUAUAUCCAUCGUCAUCUCAUUAUACAAGAAAUUGGGAUAAAUUGGCUGGGGAGGUCAAAGAAGAAGAAAAAAAUGAGAAGUUGGAGGGAGAUGCAGCUUUAUUUUUUUUUUCUUAA